AUGAUAUACGACCUCAACAUCAAGUCUUCAAUAAGCAUUUAUCGAAGUUCUUUUGAUGGAAGGAAAAGACCAUCUUACUUUCAAAGAUGGAUAUUUAUCGAGAUCGAGGUGAAUUUUACCGUAAGGUAUGAAGAUGGAAAUGGAACCAUGGAAAUGGAACGAACUUAUUCUUAA